ACGAAGUGGUACAGUCGCGAAGGGUGGCUUGUUCCCUCCCCCACCGGCGGAGGGAGACGCCAUUGCGGAGUUGUUUGUGAAGCAGCAGCAGCAGCAGCAGAAGGAGGCGGCCGCCGCCGCCGAGGAGGGAGACAACUGUGUUGCCAGCCGUGCUGAGACAUUUUGGGGAGAGGGAUUCUUUUGCUGUUCGGGGAGCGGGAGGAUCAUGUCCACUCCAGCCAGGCGAAGGCUAAUGAGGGAUUUCAAGAGAUUACAAGAAGAUCCUCCUGUGGGUGUCAGUGGAGCACCAUCAGAGAAUAAUAUAAUGCAGUGGAAUGCAGUUAUUUUUGGGCCAGAAGGUACUCCUUUUGAAGAUGGUACCUUUAAGUUAGUAAUAGAAUUUUCAGAAGAAUAUCCAAAUAAGCCUCCAACUGUUAGGUUUUUAUCGAAAAUGUUCCAUCCUAAUGUGUAUGCAGAUGGUAGCAUAUGUUUAGAUAUCCUUCAAAAUCGUUGGAGUCCAACAUAUGAUGUCUCAUCUAUUUUAACCUCAAUUCAGUCGCUGCUUGAUGAACCCAAUCCAAAUAGUCCUGCCAAUAGUCAGGCUGCACAACUUUAUCAGGAAAACAAACGAGAAUAUGAAAAAAGAGUUUCAGCUAUUGUUGAACAAAGUUGGAAUGAUUCAUAAGAAAUGACUUCCUUCAUUAACUUCAUCCACAUAAUCAUCAUGUACAAUUUAACUCGCGUUAGGAAAUGCUACCAGAAUUUCUCAAGUGCCACAUUUGACUUGCAUACAGAUGUGUUUGCAAAAAAGCCCUUCAGUUUCAAAACUCUAAACGCUUGUGUACCUUGAUUAAUGUACUUUUUAUUGCAUGUUAUGACUUAAGUUAUUGCUACAUAAAUUUGUAAUAUAUCCUGUUUGUAUUUUUUUCAAAGUGUAUAAUGUUGGUGUGAAGUUUUCAUGACAGAAUAUACAUAUUUUGUAAAUCUGUACUUUUUCAAAAUAUUGAAUGCCUUAUUUUUUUGAAUUCUUUAGAUUUUUAAAUUGGAAAAAGUCACUUAACAGAGUUUUAUAUAUAAAAUAUUUCAUGUCA